CAGAGGCUGACCUGCUGGAAUUGUACCUUGUAAACUUGUAAUACAUAUCAGAGUUAAAAUUUGCAGCUAUUAAGUCAAUCUAUAAUGACUCUUAUCCUAACAAGAAAACAGCAUGGAAUAACUCAGGUCUGACCUUGGUCAGUGAGUUAAUAAUUUGCAGCCAGCAAAAUCGCUAACUCGGCUGAGACAGCUAACGUUAGCGAGAUUCAAAAUGCCUGCACUGAAAUUCUGCGCUAAUAUCUCGUGGCUUUUCACAGAGUUGCCCGAGUUUACUCUUAGGCUGAAAGCGGCAGCCUCUGCUGGUUUUCAGGCUGUCGAGGCGGCAUGGUUGUACGAUUCAGAUAUUGAUGAGCUCAAGAAAGCCAAGGAACAAACCGGAAUAGAGGUUGUACUACUCAACACUCCCCCGGGAGAUGUAAAGCGCGGAGACCUUGGACUUGGCGCUGUUCCUGGCAGGGAGCAGGAGUUCAGACAGGGUUUGGAUCUGGCAGUGCGAUAUGCAAAGGCCUUAGACUGCAAGAGGAUCCAUUUGAUGGCAGGGAGGGUACCUGUAGGGGUGGAGCGCUCUUCUGUUGCCAUGGAGAUGGAGGCCACUUUUAUACAGAAUCUGAAACAUGCUGCAGAUGUUCUCUCAAAGGAAGGAAUUCUUGGAUUGAUAGAGCCAAUCAAUACCAGGAUAACUGACCCUCAGUAUUUUUUGGAUACACCACACCAGGCGGCUGAUAUUCUACAGAAAGUUGACUGCACAAAUAUCAAAAUGCAGAUGGACCUCUUUCACUGGCAGAUCAUGGACGGCAAUCUUACGCAGAACAUUCGCAGAUAUUUCCCCCUGAUAGGUCAUGUUCAGAUCGCACAGGUUCCUGACCGUCACGAGCCCGACAGCACUGGAGAGCUCAACUUUUCCUAUCUCUUUAAAGUGCUGGAAGAGCUGGAUUACCAGGGUUACAUUGGUUGUGAAUACAAACCCCUGGGUUCCACAGAAGCGGGAUUAGGCUGGAUACGAAAGUAUUGGGACAGCCACAAGUAAGAACAGAGACUGAGCCCUGACAAAGAGAAGAUGAUUGCAGGUUUUGUUUUGUUUGUUUUUUUUCCAGUCAGAAAUUAAUGAAUCUCAUACUAGUCAUUAAGAAUGGAAUGAAUGGCAAAUACUGAGAUGACUGGGAGGGUAGUCUUUCAAAUACAUAGAGCACAUAUGGUCAUAAAAGCUUGUCUUCUCUUCCCGUGGGGUCAUGUUAACUCCCCUUUUACAUGAACUGUGGAAGCAUUCAUUUCAUCACAUACAGGAGGUGCUUUUAUAGUCAGUUGUACAUGGAUAGAAUUAAUGCCAACGUCUCUUUGAGAGGAUUUAACACAAAGCUUCAUCAGAUACUUUUCUCAACCCUGGGAUGUGAUUUUUUUUUUCUUUUCCAGCAGAAUUAAACAUUCCCUUUA